AUGCGCACGCAAACAAGUUGUGCUUGUUCUAGAGAGGCAGUAAUUAAAUCCAAGCCUAAGUAUUCAUUUUAAUCUAGCUCCAUUGUUAUGUGGGCAGUGUUUAUCACUCCCCAGGGAGGUUGUAAUUUGCAGAGAGUAUGUCAUCCAAAUCAAUACUCUGACCUGUGUAUCCUCCCUAGGCAUUUAGAGUACAGCAAAAAAAAAAAAAAAAAAAUCUGUGCAAGUGUGGAUCAAUGUCCUCCACCAGCUUAUAGAAAAUUAGCUGUAUAGCAAUUAAGUGACAGUAGACUGGGUCUGAUCGCAGGAGGAGAGUGAAGCCCCGCUAACCCCUUCACACUGCCAUCUUCAAAGGGAUCGGCUAUUAAACAUUAAUUCUGGACGGUUAUUCGGGGAAAACAGCCUGGCAGCAUCAAUAGUUUUGCUUUGUCUGAACUUCCUUCAUUCACUUUUCUUGGGGACUAGCCUGUUUUUCUCCAAGUCUUCUGCGGAUCAGAGAGAGAGAAGGGGAAAUCUGCAUUUUAAUUGACAUUCCACAGAGGUCCAGAGGCCGCUUAUUGCAGUCUAUUCAAACCAAACAGGCUUUUCAGAUGAAAAUGAGUAAAGGCAAGUAGAAGAUUUACAGGGAUUUGGUACAAAAGAGACAAUGGGGUUUGAAAUGUUGAUGGCGCUUCACACCAGCCACAUAAUGGACCCCUGUUUGAAAGGCAGUUUUAUACACAGAAUAUAUAUAUUCUUUUUUAGAGGAAGGAAAAUUAUGGAUCGCAUCACUAACACACACACACAAACUCCCCACGAGAAGGACCUCCUGUUCUUUUGGUUUGUGUUACUUGUACAUCACGUUUCCACUAAGCUCCAUGUAAAUCACUUCUCUCCAUAUGCACAGAUUGUUGCAACAGUCACUAAAGGAUUCCAUGUGGGGUGGUUUGGGGGGGGGGGUUUGAGGGGUUUUUUCUUUUUGCCUAACUAGGUCCUUCCACAGCACUAUAGGUGAAAGAAUCUGCACAGGCUACAGGUUUUGCUGUGUUCAGCAUCGCUAAAGCCCGGUUCCCCUUCUUCCUGCAACUGAAUAAACUAGAUCCCCUCCAAUUCCCCCCCUCUUCAAACAAAAGCCCUUUAAUGCCACGCCAAUUAAAUCAUAGCUCUACAAUUUGGGUCCUGUUACAACCGUAAAAAAAUCCACAAUGAUUCCUUUUCUUUAUGAAUACAUUCUGCAUAUCAUCUUAUCUGGAAAUAUAAACAGGGGUGGGGGCUCAGCCGGGGUUUAGAGCCUAAAAAAAAUAAGCUGCCAAGUGAAAACCUCUGAGCUAGGAACAACUGUCCUUUAAGGCAGCUCAGCCAGCAUGGGGAGGCACUCUGCACAUGCUCAAUAGUUCAUCUUGUCAUUUUUCCAAUGUCCCAAGCCCUGGCAACAGUUUUUUAAGCAGGUACACCUUUGCUCAAAUUAUUGAACUCAAUAGGCUAACAUGCCAGAGGAGGAUGAAAGAUGAAUAACAAUACUAUUUAAACUUUUUUACUAUGGAGAAGAAGAAGAGGAGGAGAAGUGGUUCUGAACUUCGCCUGCUUCUUGAAAGGAAACGACAACCUUGUCACCACCUUUGCCAUCCUAAGCACUUCCACCUGGGCGCAAAGCCCCCAGGAGCCCUUGGAAUUUACGCACUUCCAAAUCCAUGUGUUAAACCGCAGCCUCGCCUGCCAUGCCAUCUAAACCACAUCACCACGGAAGACCUCUGAGCGAAAAGCGCCGCUCGCGAAGGGCUAAAAAGUAGAGGCUGACGACGGGGUGCAAACUGUCAACUGCAAGAGGAGCGCGAAGGAUCCUUGCGGGCGCCCUUUCGGAAAGGAGCUCCCGCGCUCCCAGCCCUUCGGGUGGAUCCAAACUCGCGCCAGGCCCCACGCCACCUGUGGGGGCCACCGAUCAGACCCACGCAAAAUAUGGAGGGCGUGCGCUUACUACGCCUCGGCAGUUGCCACAUGUCGCUCGGCGAAAACAUCCCAAAUGCCAGGGUGCGCAACGUCGCCGCUCCGGGAGAUGCCCCGGCUUUGCAGGGGGAAAGCUCUUGCAAAUUUCGAUCGCGCAAGCGGCACACACGUUGCUUCACAAAUGCACAAAACGAUCGCACGGAGGUGGCCCAGGGAGCCUCACUCCUGGAGAUCCUGAGGAUUCCUCUCUCUCUCUCUCUCUUCCCCGAUAGCCCCCCUUUCCUUUCCUCCCCGACCCCCCUCUCCUCUCCACUGCAAGCCAAGCCUGGUCCAAUUACCUGGUAUGAAAAGGCUCCGCGUAAGCGAUCCGCUCUUCCUUUGCAGCAGGCGUGUGUGCGGGAUGAAGCCCGGCGGCGCCCGCAGCUUUCUUUUUCCCCGCAGCGGGGAGAGGAGGAGAAGGAGAGGAGCACCUCUCCGUAAAAAAAUAAAAUAAAAGCCCCACGAUCUCGCCUCUCCGCCUUUACUCCGCGCGCAGCCGCUCCAACACGUCGCUGCGAAGCCCCGGACCCGCGCGGGGAGACUGGGCCACCGUCGCCCCCAUCACCGCUGGCGAGCCAAACGCUGCCUUCUUUUCCGGCGCCCCCAAACCUCUCCAAUAAUUAAAAAAAGCUGGACGGAGCAGCAGAACGGGGCUGCGUUUGCUCUUUUUAUUUAGAGAAGGAAAAACUAAAAGGGUUGAGGAAAAAGGAGGCAAGCAGUGUGUCGCGAUUUUUCUUUUUCUUUUGCUCUUCUCCACUUAUCUAAAGAUCCAGGUUUAGGGAGAACUUUCCCAAAAGUUGUCGUUGCUCAGAAAAAGGAAAAAGCACAGCUGCCUUUAAGUCCAGAUCCAGUCCAUUCAGAAUCCCUGUUGCAAGCAAACUCGAAAACUUUAUCAGGUCUACAAGCCCUUUCUCUCUCUCUCUCUCUCUCUCCCUCUCUCUCUUUCUUCCCCCUCCUUCCUCUGGUCACUCCCCCGAAGUUGAAACCUGAGCCAUUUCCUGGACAGUUCCUCUGCCAAUCACAGCAGUUCAGCAAUAGUUGAACUCCGUAGGCUCUUCCCC